CUUCAAACUGGGAAAAUGGCGGGGGCUCCCGAGUUGGUGAGACUUUCGCCUCCGCGGGACCUGGAGCGAGCGGCCGGGACAGAAGACCGCACCCCGGGCCCCGCCACUCCCCGCGAGGACUUCCGCGUGCGCUGCACCUCGAAGCAGGCCGUGCUGGAGCUGGUGGAACUGUGCGGCCGCUUCGUGCGACAGCUCGGGGACGCGCUGCCGGAGGAGAUUCGGGAGCCCGCGCUGCGAGACGCGCAGUGGACUUUUGAAUCUGCUGUGCAAGAGAAUGUCAGCAUUAAUGGGCAGGCAUGGCAAGAAGCUUCAGAUGAUUGUUUCAGGGAUUCUGAUAUCAAAGAACUUGAAGAUCACUUUGAUGAAAUCAUAGUAGACUUAGCCACGAAACGUAAGCAGUAUCCCAGAAAGAUCCUUGAAUGUGUCAUAAAAAUUAUAAAAGCAAAACAAGAAAUUCUGAAGGAAUACCACCCUGUUGUACGCCCAUUGGACCUAAAAUAUGACCCUGAUCCAGCCUCUCGUGUGGAAAAUUUGAGAUGCAGAGGAGAAACAGUAGCUAAGGAGAUCAGUGAAGCCAUGAAGUCCUUGCCUGCAUUAAUUGAACAAGGAGAUGGAUUUUCCCAAGUUUUGAAGAUGCAGCCUGUUAUCCAACUCCAGAGAAUCCACCAAGAAGUCUUUUCCAGUUGUUAUAGGGAGCCAGAUGUUAAACCUGAGAGCUUUAUAACACAAAUAGAAACCACACCAACAGAGACUUCUACCAGCAAAACCACUAACGUGGUACUGAAAAGAAAGCAAACUAAAGACUGCCCCCAGAGAAAAUGGUAUCCAUUGCGGCCAAAGAGAAUUUAUCUUGAUACGUAAGCUAUUUUUGUUUAUCUCGGGAGUUGAAAUUAGGCACUGUCAGCAUUUAGAUUAAAGUCUGAUGCCUAGACAGAACUUCAUUUAAAAUAACAAGUAACUCUUUAGUGAUUUCUUUAUACAGAUGUAAUAACUGUCCUGGGGUAUGAUGUAAUAUUGUAUUUCCUCAAUGUUUCGUCUAUAGUCGAUGAAAAGCAUAGUUUUAAAUGUUGGCACAAAGCCCAUCAAUGAGUAUAAACAGUACAAUCUUUUACUGUCCUUAAAUGCCAUCAACUUUUGGCUGCUUUACAGCUUUUAUGGAAUUUUAUGAGUAACAUUCUGUUUCCUGGAUAUACUGCUUUCUUUAAAAAAGAGCUGUGUAACAGUUGUCUUCAUUUAAGUGCUGAGAGGAAUCACCAGUUCUGCACAGGAGGGUUUUUGUUUUUGUUUUUUUGGUGUUUUUUUGUUUUCAGUGUGAUUUGUUUUAUCAAAUGAAUGUGCAAAUGAAAGACUAGCUUUGACUUUGUCACUCUAGUUCAGCUAAUUUAGGUCUGUGAGUUUAAUUGUAGGAAGUUUUGUUUUUAUUUUGUGUUAUAAGACAAGACAGCUACUAUUUGUGGAAGAAUUUCUCCCAAUAUUUCUUGCCCACACAUUGUUUUUCAUAGACCUUUUAAUUUUUAAGCAUAAUUUGACUUGUGAAUAAUAUUUUUUAAGGAUUUCUCAUUAUUUCUUUGUAUAUGACUCCAGUUCAAAAAUAUACAUCAGAGUAAUACAUUAAGAAAUUGUCAUGUGGAAUAAAUAUAGAUGUAAUCUGAA